AUGUCUGACUUCGGCUCUGGUCGGGGCCAUUGUGCGGAGGUCCCGGAGUACGUAAGGAUCAUGAUUGAACGUAACGCAAAGUCACUUUCUAGCACCGGUAUUGAGCUGGCCAAAGAACAGAGUUCCAAAUGGAACCAAGAACGCGAUAAAGCGUUUAGACGUUGCGGUGUUGACGAGCACCAAGAGACUCAAGACUUUCAGUCCACCCAGGCGCUGAAGCCUCAAGAUCCGAAUGUCGUGAUGCGGCUUGCCGAAGCAGAAAAUUACGACAGCGCCUACUUCAGGUACGGCAGGAGGGCCACCGAAGGCGAGAACAUCUCUGACGGGGAGCGCGUUCAAGCUUUUCCGUUCCACGUUGAGAACGGCGGAAACCUCUUCACGGGCAUGAAUGAGCAGCCUGGCAACCCCUUUUUCCAAGUUCUGGGGAUCAGCGAGCUUAGGUCCCGCAUCCUAAAGGAUACUUCCUUCAUUGAUAAGAAGAACCUUGCGUUGACAAGCAAAGGGGCUUACAUGGCGGUUUCGCACUUCUACGAGGUCUGGGACGUCACCCGUGCCGACUUUCUCGGCAACGACUGUGGGCUGCUGCAGAUAGGCACGAUGGAUGAUGACCAGAGGCCCGUCGUCGUCAAGAGCUCGCGAGUGUCAUUGAUCAUGGAGAGGGCCUUUGGCACCCAGGGACUUGGAGAGAACCAGACGGUCAGAACGCAUGGCCUCCGGGGUAACAUACGCGACAGGCUUGUCCGUGACAAUAUGAUGCCACCAUCGGAGCCGAUUUUACUGUAUACCAAAGGCAGCUCCGAGAUUGACCACGGCAUUGAGGCUCGCACCGAAGCCCGUCACAUCAUGAUGACGGCAAUACCUCUCAAAGCUACCGCCGAGACUUACAGCCGGUCCCCUCGCCUGACGUACCAGAACUCUUCUCUGCACAUGUUGCGUGGCUGCGAGGCAAUAUAUAACGUUGGCGCGUCUAUCGAGACACUGGAUAUCUCGUGCCAGCCCAUGCUGACACUUGUCCAUGUCGACUUGGUGCUGUCGGCCGUGCCUAACCUCAAGCGGCUCACUCUGCGGAAAAACCACUUGCUCCGCAUCUCAGACACCAAGCAGUUGAUGGAGAUGGUGCAUCAUCGCGUACCAGGCUGCAUCCUCGACUUUGCACCGUACUUUUUUUAUGGAGCCUUGCACCGCGAUAUUCUAAACAACUUCAAUAUAAGCAAGGGAUCUUUCGGCCUGACUUGGGAGGACUCGGGCGUUAGAACGGAAAAGUUGGUGGCUCUCUUCGUCUUCAUGAUCCGCCUCACCGAAAUCAAGCUCGGCAUGCGAGUCCUAGACAAGGGCAUGCUGCUUCGGGACUUUCUAAACCGCCUACCGCUGCGUCCAGAUUCUGUCGAGAGCGUCAUUGGGUUCUGGGAUGAUCCCGAGCUUGGCGUAACCGGCGCUGGCAUUAAUUGGAAGGCUCUCCACCAGAUUGUCGAACCCGACACUUUGGUGACUUCGUGGGAACAAAAGAUUCUGGCGUGUCGACAUUGUGGAAUACGAACACCCCAGUUCCUUAUGCAUGCUCAGAACUGUUGCACUUUCUGCAGCUUUCAGUUCUUUGCAAACGCGGAAACGGAUCGGUACCGCCAAGAAAAGGAGGAUAUUGCGAAUUUGUAUCUCCCAAACAACACCAUGCAGUCAACGCUGGGCAUGCUCCUUGGCGCCGAAGAGCUUCCCGCUUUCGCGUCGGCCAACGGUGCAGUCAUGGCUAAGGGGUUCUGGGACGAGUCCGUGGGCCCGUGGACUCCCACUGACACCUCGAACCUUGAACAACAACUCAUGGCACCUAUCCUGCGCUGCCGAAAGCUGUACAAGAUCCGGCUCCGCGACCUUUCGUGGGCAUACAACAAAACGGCCUGGGUGCCCACGACGGAUUUCACCAUCAACUGCCGCAAGCCGGGCUUCCAGGAGCGCGGACCUGGCGAUCACGAGUUCUUCCCGGUUCAGCACGACAACGUCCUCCGCAACCAGCGCCGCAUCGAUAUCCACACGGGCGAGUCGUACCAGGUCGCCUUCCUGCCGGACGAGUUCGACUUUAGCUCGCAAAAGUUCUAUGUCCGCGCCGGGGACUGGGAUAAGCUCCGUGUCGACUUCACCAAAUCUGACAAGGAGCUUCGGGAGGAGCACUACCGACAGAUGUACUUGCCGUGGUGA